GACUGAUAGCAACAGUCUGGGUUUUUUUGUCACACAGCAGCAGACUGAGAUUUCUCUCCCUCCUUCUCUCCCUCCUCUGAGGCAAAGAUGAAUGCUAUAAUGGACACCUUGCAGGGUUUUGGGGUGAGCACCACCCGCUACCUGCAGACCAACUAUCAGGACGCCCAGGGUUUGUUUCUCUGGGUCUCCUGGGCGGCUGACCUCAGGAACACCUUCUUCAUCUUCUUCCCGCUGUGGUUUCACCUGCGCUCCUCAGUGGGCAUCAAGCUCAUCUGGGUGGCUGUGAUCGGAGACUGGCUCAACCUGGUGUUCAAAUGGAUUCUGUUUGGGGAGCGGCCGUACUGGUGGGUCCAUGAGACGCCUUAUUAUGCAAACACAGUCCGUCCUCACAUUGAGCAGUACCCCAUGACCUGUGAGACUGGGCCAGGCAGCCCCUCAGGCCACGCCAUGGGCGCCGCAGGUGUCUACUACACCCUGGUGACCUCCAUCCUCGCCAUCGUGACCAGCAAGAAGAAGUUUGGGAACAAGAAAUCCACCAACAAGGACUGGUAUCUGAAGGCUGCCUUAUGGACGCUGUUUUGCGGAGUCCAGGUGUGCGUGUGUCUCUCCAGGGUCUUCAUCGCCGCCCACUUCCCCCAUCAGGUCGUUGCUGGUGUCAUUUCAGGUAUGAUCGUGGCCGAAGCCUUCAACAGGACUCAGUGGAUCUACAACGCCAGCAUGAAGAAAUACUUCUACACCACUCUCUUCUUGACCUCCUUCGCUGUCGGCUUCUACGUCCUCCUCAAAGCUGUGGGUGUGGACCUGCUGUGGACCCUGGAGAAAGCCCAGAGGUGGUGCGACAGGCCCGAGUGGGUCCACCUGGACAGCACGCCCUUCGCCAGCCUCCUGCGUAACAUGGGCACCCUUUUCGGCCUGGGCCUGGGCCUGCACUCGCCCCUCUAUACUGAGACCAAGAAGAGCAGCAACACGCUGGUCAAAGUCGGCUGCGUCAUCAGCUCUCUGUUCCUGCUCCACCUGUUUGACUCCUUCAAGCCUCCCACGCACACUGUGGCCCUCUACUACCUGCUGUCCUUCUGCAAGAGCGCCACCGUGCCUCUGGUCACUGUCAGCAUCAUCCCGUACUGUGUGAACAGUGCUCUGAGCGUGCAGAACAAAAAGGCAGUGUGAGCAGUGACCUCAGAUUAUACAGACUGAUGAAAUGGAGUCUCCUCCAGAACUUUAAAAUAAACUUUCCUCAGGUGCUUAUUGAUUCAUACGUCCAACUGAUCCUCAGGAAAAGAUCAAAGGGAAAUACUCACGGUGUGAUUUGGACACUGAACUCUGCGUGACACUAAGUGAAAGCACAAUCCACGAUGUGCAGCGGCACUUACAAAGAGCAAUUCUGAAUUUAACAAACACGAUCAUUACAGUAGUUUCAGAGUCUUGGAGGACAAACGAUGAACAGACGAGCUGCAGCUGCUGUUAAACCUCAUUUUAAAGACAUCACCAGCUUUCAUAUGAUAUUUCAGCUGUAUCAGUAAUGUAUUUUAAAUGUUAUAGAAAGUAUUUUUAAACUGUUUUGAAUAUUUUUAAUAAAAAAUAUCUUGAAAAUGUG